AUGCUGUCGCGUAACGUCCACACUUCUGAAACGGAUCUCGGCGGUCGCUGCUUGUCGAUCUUGAACACCCUUCACACUGUCGCCCGCAUCAUGGCCAUGUUGGUUGCUUUGGUGGUGGCAGUGGCGUUGGCGGCGACAGUGUGCUUGCCAGCGGCACAGCCUGUGGCUGCACUGUCUGUGGAGGAGGUGGCGAAAGAACACGCGAAGCACAGCCUCGAUUUCGACGGCACAGACGACUGGGUGAACCUGCCACCCAUCACCAUUGACGAAGGCACGCAGGGCGUGUCCUUCGAGCUCGUCUUUCAGCACACUGACACCAGAGCCUGGGCCAGGUUGUUCCAGCUUGGGAAGGUUGACGGCACGUACAUUGCCUUUCUCCGGGAUGACCCAAAUACAAACGGCAACCGCAUCUUCGUGGAAACGCGCCAGGGGAUGGACAUGAAGACAGCUGUGCGUCAGUCAACGUUUCCAACCACGCUCAACACGUGGCACCACGCCGUCAUCGUCAUCGCCUCCAGUGGCCAGCUGGACCUCCAUGUUGACGGCGAACAAGUCGUCACAGGCAUGCUCACGCUGCCGCGUGGGCUGUUUGACGCCAAUGCCAUCGGCGGGACCACGCGAGACGCGCGCCAUCGCGGCCGCAUCGCUCUCUUCCGCAUGUUCUCCAAAGCGCUCUCAUCAGCGGAGAUUGACGCCCUGUUCACGGCCACAUCCGUCCCCGGCAGCACGGCUGCAGCGCUGCUGGUGGACUACGAGUUCCACUCGGGAUUUGGUCGCUUUGCUGUUGACACCUCAGGCAACGGCAAGGACGGCCAGCUCCAGGGCUUCCCGUUGUGGACGGGGUUUCCACUGCCCAACGAUGAGAUUGGAGCGUCCAGCGUGUCGUUCACCCAACCCGAGGACAGGGCUAUGCUCCCAACAUUCACGUUUCAGGGCGGCGCCAUCACCGUGGAUGCCGUGUUUGCGUUUGACGAGCUGCGGGCGUUUGACCGCGUGUUUUCCCUGCGCGCGUCGGAGGAAGAUGAAACGCAUUUAGCGCUUCUGAAGAAGGACGCGGCCUCCAGCCACGCCCUCGCACUGGAGCUCAAGGUCCCCAACACGGACGGGGCCGUGUGCGACCCCAGCAGCCCCGUGUGCGUGUACACCAUCACCAACACGCGUGCGCCAAUCACGCAGGGACGGUGGACACACGUCGUUGUCACCGUCACAGCGAGCGGAGACGCACGCAUGUAUGUGGACGGCUCUCUCGUGGCUGCAACAGCGCUCCCCACCCUGCCUGCGUUUGUUGUUGGCGCCGGUGCCAUCAGCGGCUGCAGCCACGCCGUUGACGGCUGCCAGCUGCGCGGUCGCAUCGCGCGUUUGCGCAUGUACGAGCGCGUGCUGACGUCAGAAGAGGUGCAGAACGCAUUUUAUGACGCAGUCGUCCCCGUACAGCACCCAACCGUUUUGUUUGCGUUUGAUCUUCGCGAAGGCGUUGGCCGGGUGCUCAAGGACAGCAGCGAGAGUGCGCCCGUCCUCGACGCCACCAUGCGCGGCUACCCACGCUGGGUCUCUGCUGCCGUGACGCAACACGUGAAAGCGAUUUCAUCCAAGCACAUGCGCUUUGGGGGCGGAUCCUCUAUCCUGCCACUGGAGCCCCUGCCCACGAGUUUGAAUGAACUGACCAUCGAGAUGGUGUUUCGGUUGGAUGCGGGCGGCGACACGACGCGUUUCGAACGCGUGCUCUCGCUCAGACAGAGCGAAACAGACGCAACGCAUGUGGCCAUUGUGCGCGACCCAACCGACAACGGCAGGUUCUACUUUGAGAUCAAACGCCCAAGCACCGACAUCAGCGGCGGGUUUGAGUACUCGCAGCUGCACCAGUCGACCAUCCCUGGCGAUGAUGAUGCGUGGCACCACGUCGUUGCCACUGUCACCGCUGCUGGGCGCGCCGCCCUGUUUGCUGACGGCUCACUCGUCGCGGAGGGCGAUGUUGGCGCCGUCCCAACCGGCCUCGCAAUCAACGCCGUGGGUGCUGAUGCGGUGGAUGGCGACCAUCUCCGCGGCCGCGUCGGGCUGGUGCGGUUUUACCGCCGCGCCCUCACCCCCAACGAGGUGUUUUCGCUCAUGCGACCUGGUGUGUGGCGGCUGCACGAAACAUACGGUCACGUCACACUGCCAUCCCGGCCAACGUUUUGGAAUGACGCAAUCGUGAACAUUGAGUUUGAGGCACUGGAUGGCUCCACGAGCGUUGUGGACAGCGUGACAAACACGACGCUGCAAGCGCAAAAUGCGUUUGUUGGCAGCCAGCCCUCCUGCAUAGGUGGCGCCCUCGUAUAUCUACAGGUGUCCACUGCCGCUGCGCCCGGCAGCGAGACAGCUGCAACCAUCACCGCCACUAUCAGCAGCGCAGACACCACAGCACGCAUCCCAUUCCACAUGCUGGCCGCCAACUCGGUGGCGGAGGGCGUUGCCUGCUUUCCCAAUUCCGCAACUGAAGUGACUGGCGUUUCGUUCCACAACCCAACCACCGACGCGUGGCUGCUGCAGUACGCCUGGCUUCGGCUGCCUCACAGGGCGGUGAUGUGGGAUCCAUAUGCGGUUGUGUCGUCCCCGAAUGCGUCGUCAAUCUCGCUGCCGUUUUCAUCGUCGCUGUCCAUCACCGGCAGCGACUGCGGCGGUGAUGAGUCACUGUUCGUCAUCACGCUCAACACCGCGCCGCCAGGUGCACGCGGUCUGGCCAGUGCCGUCAUCUCUGGCGCCAACGGCAAUUCGCAGCCGCAGCCGCUCGCAUCCAUCUUCCCGCCAGACUCGUCCAUCACCGUUGCUCGCUGCGUGGACAAUUCUAUUGGAGCGUUUCGGUCGCUGUCUGUCCAUUUUGAUGGGGAGGACUCGGCCUGGACGCUGAAACGCGUUUCGCUGCAAGUUCCCAACGCGGGUGGUGACGCAACGACAUACACGUGGACAUACGGGCGCGCCCUGCGUAAUGCGCCUGGGUCCAACUCCCGAGUGACGUUUUCCAAAUCAGACCACGAUGCUGUCGAUGUUGACACGUGUGCGCCAACGCGGCUGGUGUUGAUUCAGGUGGACGCAGCGUCCAGUCCUGCCGCCAUCACCAACAGCACCAUCACAUUCCGCAUCCAGGGCACCACCGCCAUCUCGCCGGCCGCCACGUUGUCGCACGGGUUCAGCGAGGACGGGGAUGAUAUGGUCUUUGUCCGCUGUCUCUCUGAUCCAAUUGGCGGAUUCGAGCGCCUGACGCUCCACAACACUGGCAGCGACACCUGGACCGUCGACGCAAUCACCCUCACGUACCAGGGCGGUGUGUACGAGUGGAUGUUUUCUCCGGCGAAAACACUCACAGGGCCGGCCGGUGAUGAGGCGUCGCUGUCUGUAGAUCGCGCAGCCUCCACCGCCAAUCCGCCGUCCACACCGCUCUUCAUAGCGAGCGCAUGUGCACGCGACCAUCUGUGUCCCGUCGGGUUCCCCUGUGCGCUCCCGCCGGGACUGGGCUGGACGUCCUUCUACAAGGCAGACUUCAGCACGCGCAAUGCUGACGGGUGGCACACGACGGCGGCCGCUGUUGCUGUUGAUCUGCUGCCGACGCCGUGCGGGGGGCUCGGGCGCGUGCUCGGCGCCCUGCAGCUGCCAGUUGGAUCCACACUUGUUCGCCCGCACUCGAAGCUGCCGAUGCACAACACGCUUCGCAUCCAGUUUGACCUCAUCAUGGUCGAUCUGAUGACGGAGGAGGAGGCCGUGGUCACCAUUGACGGCGUCGUGGUGUUCCGCCAGACCUUCAAACCAGACGAAGGCAACCAGCAGUGCGGCAGUGCUGAUCCGCUGGCGCGGGAACACACGACAACAGUCGAUGUCGUCAUUCCACACAAACUGCCAACCGCCACCGUUGCCAUCACGACAACUCGCAGCCCCGAUGCGUUUGCUGCCACAUUCGGCGUCACCCGCGCCACGUUCUUCACCGCCAACUUUCACAUUGCGCCCGUCGCCAGGGACGUGUAUUCCGCCAACGCGACCGAGUCUGUGUGGGAAUGGACGCCGGUGCACCCGGGCAAGAAACCGCUCGGCAUUACGCAAUGCGGUGCAUUUGGAAACAUCCUUGGAGGACCACAUCAGCUGCAUGUGCAGUCCUUCCUUCGCCGAUGUUUCACAGCGUUUCCUGAGCACACGUCGCUGGUGCUGAUGCUUGAAAUUGCCGCCAUUGAUUGCACGGGCGAGGAAAUGCUGGCGAUUGAGGUGGACGGGCGCAUGGUGUGGACCUCAGGUCCGCUCGCACCGCAGGAAGAUGUGUCCACCAACGCAUGUGGCGCUUCAAGCGCACUUGACACGCUGCUCCCUGUUCGAGUUGUUGUUCCGCAUUUCGCCUCAAACGCGUCCAUCGCCAUCUUCUUCGCGCACAAGAGCGACUCGCGUGAAGCAACGUUUGGGCUGCGUUCAUUCCAAAUUGAGGCCGACACGACCAUUUACGACUGUGGCAGGGCGCCGUUCAGCCCCUGGCGCGUUGCACCACCACUGGUACCGCAGCCGCAGCCGGAUCCGCCCGCCAUUGAGGAGUCGUGUGCGCAGUACGUGCACUACACGUGCGAGGGCACGGAUGACUGCACCCCACGCUACACCUGGAGCACAGUUGCGUAUUCCUCCUUUGAUGAUCUGCAAGUGGGGCCGUGGCAGGCAGAGAAUGAGCACGCCUGUGGAAACAUCACCGUACAGCGCUGCGGUGAUUACGGGCGUGUGCUUGGCGGCGAUCGCCAGGUGCUUGCAGGCACGAGCCUGCAUGCAACGCUGUCCGACCUGCCGGCCCACCACCUCCUGCGUGUGGAGCUGGAGCUGGUGCUGAUUGACAACUGGGCAGGCCAGCGUGUGCAUGUGGACGUGGACGGGCGGCGCGUGUACAAUUCCCCUCCAAUUGCUCGUGCACAGGGAUCACCGCUUCUCUCACAGCAGUGCGGCAGAAUGGGCGAGGAUGCGCGAUGGAUGGAAAGUUCGCUCACAAUUGCCUUCAACGUCUAUCACGAAGCGCCACGCGUCACCAUCGCCUUGUCCUCUGACCUCGACCCCAACAGCGGAGACGAAAGCCUGGGCAUCAUGUCCUUCACCAUCGCCACAUCUGCGCGUUCGGUGGCGUUUGACUCCAACGUGGUUGCGAGCAACGACGAUGACGACCUGUUGCUCCCCUCCCUCUGGCGCCCCACCACCGCUGACGCGCCCACCACCAUCGCCGUUGACACGUGCAUCGUCAGCUCGGGUGCAGACGUCAGUGUGCUGCUGCCCACGCCCCGUGACGAGCGAAUGGCGCGCACGUUCUACGACAUUGGGCCGCAUGAUUUGCUCAGGCUGCGGGUGGAUUGCGUCAUGUCGCCGUCAGGCCACGUGUAUGUGCAGGUGGACGACAGCACGCCACGCGCGUUUGUUGCGGGCGACACGGACCGUUUCCGCGGCCUGUGCGAGCUGGACAGGCGGGAGGCUCGCAUGGUGUCGUUUGUCUUCACCGUUCCCCACACGCGCCCGUCUGUGCAGGUGGCGGUGUGGUCCGAUGAGUCGUUUGGGCUGAGCGGCCUUUCCAUCUUGGGAAAUGACUCGCCCAUCCAGUGCAAGUGCAACCCCUUCCAAUACCAGGACGCUUCCGACGGCAGCUGCCACGCGUGCGACGUGUCGUGUAAGGCGUGUGAUGGCCCCACCCCAAGCGACUGCUUGUCGUGCCCCCAACACAACUACCUCACGCCUCAACGCACGUGCACACCUUGCACGCGGGCGUGCCCCGCUGGCCAGUUUCUUGCGUCAGAGUGCACGGCGACAGACGACGGGCGGUGUGAGGCGUGCCACCCUGCGUGUUCGACAUGUUUUGAGGGCGGCGUUGCCGGCUGCGAGUCGUGCGCGUACGGAUUUAUCCGCAGUGACAUCGACGGGCUGUGUGAGCCCGCAUGCGGUGAGGGCCAGGUGCCUGUCCCCCAAAACACCAAUAACAACGACGACGGCGGUGCUGGUGGUGCUGACGAUGAUGACUACAGUGGAGCUGUGCUGUGUGUUGAUUGCGCGUCCGGGUGCAGUGCGUGUGUGCCGGAGGACCGCAGUCGCUGCACGGCGUGCCAUCCCGGAUACUUUCUCCACCACGAGGAGCAAUCGUGCAACCCAACCUGUCCAACCGGCACCUACCCGAGCAGCACCACGCGCACGUGCGAGCCGUGUGCGGGCGGCUGUGCGGUGUGCACGGGUCCACUGCAGGGCGACUGCGGAUCGUGUCCCGAUGAACAGGUGCUGUUCGUGUUGCCAACGGGUAUUGCACAGUGCCUGUCCUCGUGUCCAGAGGGCUUCUACGUUGAUGUUGAUUCACGCACGUGUGUUGCGUGCCGCGGCGGCUGUGCAGACGGCUAUUAUCUUGAUGCGAGCACGUGCGGCGGUGGUGUGGAUGCCAGCUGCGUCACGUGCCCUGAUGGAUGCGCGCUGUGUCGUGGCCCCUCCAACUGCACGCAGUGCUCCAAUAACUACUACCUGCAGCCAAACGGCGACACUCCAGACGGCGAAUGUGUCCCAUGCACGACCACGUGUGCGCCCGGCACCUUCCUCAUCCCUUCGUGCGGCGGUCUGCUGGACAGCCACUGCCACCCGUGCCCGCGCAGCUGUGCGUCGUGCAGUGACGCGCGGUCGUGCGAUGCGUGCGCUCAUGGAUACACGCUGGUGGACGGCGCUUGUUUGCAGAGGGGAACGCCGACAGCGUCGCCCACGACCACAGCGACAGCGGACCCAAAUGCAAGCACGAGCGGUAAGGCAUCAGGCUUUCCGGCGUGGGCUGGUGCUGUGAUUGCAGUUGUGGCCGUUGGUGCUGUUGCUGUUGUGUAUGCGGUGCUGCGCUACACGCGGCGCCGUGACGCGGAUGGAGCAGGCACAUCCAGGGCGCGCCAGCCAACAUCAGUUGACGCCAACGAUGACGACAUUGAUGUGUGA